UCACUGGGCAUUUCUGGAAAAUGGAUACCUUGAUUGGAAUGCUGAUAAGGGAAGAAAUUGAAGCACCAAUGUGGGUGGAUCUUACUCUAGAAGCAAAGCUAAAUAGUCAAGACAUUGAUGGUGAUUGGUUCCAAACAAGUCACCUAUUCCAUCAUUGUUCUUCUCGCAAGUUAAAAUCUGCAUUUUCGCGUUCUGGUGAGGAUGGGGUAAACUCAGAGUUGGACUUGGUAGGUGCAUCAUCACCCACACUCCCACAGUCAGUUUCAAGAUCAAGAGGCAAGGACUACAGGAGCAAGAAGUGGAAAGGUGACUGUCAUGAUGGUUCAUUAAACAAUAUAAAGCCUGUGAAGGUUUUAAAUGGGAAGUUUUCGAGAUUGGAUUCAGGUUAUGGUGAGGAAAUAAAACCUAAACUGAGCUUUGUAAGUUUGAAAGGUGCUUCCAGUUCAAAAACAAGUUUGGUUUCUGAAAUAACUGAAACCAAUACAAGAAGCACAGUUACGUCUGAAAGUGUUCAACAACAACAGCAGCAGAAGACCUUCGAAGUAUCGAGUCGAGGCUUUGGUCAAUCAAGUGGGCUUUUAUUGUCAGUGAGGAGUAGUCUUAGGAAAAGUUGUAUUACUAGACCAGCAUCAAGGGUGGAGAUUAAUGCUGAUAGGAGGGAAUCAAGAGACCGUAAAUCUUCCUCCAGCAAGUCUAGUGUGGGAUCAUCUUCAUUUUCUGGUCAUGACGUUAAGAGGUCAAGUAUUGCAUUAAUAAAGAGGAAAGAACAUACCCCAGAUAGCAGAAAUGUAUCACGGAUGACUGAAGCUGCAAAGAAUAAAGUGAAACCUUCUAAUAUGUGCAAUACAUCAAAUGUUAGAGGUAAGGAAGGGAAUCGUAAUUCUAGGACAGGAGGUUUACCAACUGUUGCAAAGCCAACUUGCCAGGAAGCCACAAAAUCAAAGGCUAAUUCUCAGACUCUUCGCUCCAAACUUUCACAGCCACUUAACGAAAAGAAGUCACUUGUUGCUGCUUCAAAAGCUAGAAAGAAGGUGGGAGUUAGCAGAAUCAAGAAAGUGACAGGUGCUGGGAAAGAAAAUAACACAGGGGAAAUUUCUCUGAGCCAGAAAUGCAAUGGAAAAGGCAAUGCUGCUGGGGGCAUGGUUGUAGGUAGAAAAGGGACAAGUCAGAGUACAUCCCAGAACGGUGGCAGAACAGGAUUGUUUGUUCCCAAGGGAAGAGUUGGUAAUCAAAGGGAAGGAAAGAAUUCCACCAAUUCUACUCAAAGGGUCCAUUUUCGAUGAGGGGGCAGAGCAGAUAAAGGUCUGUAUAUAAUGUAAUUCUUACUUCUUGUAACCAUGGGAGGAGUGUGACAGCAAAGAAAGCUUUUUCGUGCCACAUUUUGGUGGUAAAUUUUGGUUCUAGUGGCAUAUGUGAAUGUACACCUUCACUGGCCAUAGUCUUCUUUUGUAUACAAGCAUCUAAGAAUUCAAGGUGCCUUUCUGAUUCUCA